GCGGGUCUUGUCGCCUCCUCCAGCCUAGAGUCUAGACUAGAGGAUGUUCCCUGCUCAGGAGGAGGCCGACAGGACCGUGUUUGUGGGGAAUUUAGAGGCCCGAGUGCGAGAAGAAAUUCUUUACGAGCUGUUCCUUCAGGCUGGGCCGCUAACCAAAGUGACUAUAUGUAAAGACCGAGAAGGAAAGCCGAAGUCUUUUGGAUUUGUCUGCUUUAAACACCCAGAAUCAGUGUCAUAUUCCAUAGCAUUGCUGAAUGGCAUUCGUUUGUAUGGAAGACCAAUUAAUGUACAGUAUCGAUUUGGGAGUUCUCGCUCUUCUGAACCAGCUGCCCAAAGUUUUGAGAGCUGUGUUAAGAUAAAUUCACAUAGCUACAGGAAUGAAGAAAUGGUGGGCAGAUCUUCCUUUCCCAUGCAGUUUUUUCCAAUGAAUAAUACUGCUUCACCUCAUGAAGAGUUUUUCUUUCAGAAGAUGUGGCAUGCAUAUAAUCCAGUGCUCCAGCUUCCUUACUAUGAGAUGACAGCUCCCCUUCCUAAUAGUGCAUCCAUGCCUUCCUCACUAAAUCAUGUUUCAGAUGCAGACGCUGGACCCAGCUCAUACGAAUGGUCUCCUCAACAGCCGAGUGACUUGGACCUUUAUCAGAGGAAUAAACGAAAAAAGCAAAAGCAAACCAGUGAUAGUGAUAGUAGCACGGAAAAUAAUAGAGGAAAUGAAUAUAGUCACAAGUUCCAAAAAUGUAAGAAGAGAAAAAGAUAUUAAUGACCUUCAAGUUAAGUUUACCUGCACUAUUCUUAAUUCUCUUCAAAGAAAAAAACUAUCUGUAUUGUACCAAAUGACCAAUUUCAUGCCUAUCUUGUCAUUGUUGGAAUAUAUAACAAAAUGAUUUAUUUGAUCCGCUUUUCAGUUUUUGCCUUGAAUGACAAAAGCUUUUUAAAAAGAACAGAGUGUACUACUUUUGUAUAUGUCACAGUUUUGACCCAUUGACGAUAAGAAAUACACUUUAUGUCAUUUUGUUUUAGUACCUAUGAUGAACUUUCAAUAAACUAUUAAUCAAAAGUCACUUACUGAACACUUCAGGGUAAAGCACCGUGCUUUCCCUACAUUGUCACCUGUUACCCUGAACUAAAAAUAAACUGGGAUUAGAAAGGGUGUAGUAGAUUUUCUCAAAGAAACUUGUGCAAAUAAAGAUUCUGUGUCUUUCCUAAUGAAGAGGUAAUAAACAGGCUUUCGUCUCCUUCCGGAAUAAUAUUUUUAUGUCUAAGUAUGUUGUUUCUGAGCCAUAUUCUCCUUGAGCUUUAUUUUAUAAAGUGAGUAUAUAUGGUAGUGAUACCAAAGGAAAGAUAAUUAUCAUGACAGCAGCUCUUGGAUCAUUCCCUUUUUAUACAAUUGUAUAUAAAUAGUGAUACUUCCCUCUUUACUUCUCACUUAAUAAUUGUAUGUUGUGAAAAUUAGUUGUUUAUGUCAAUAUUUAUUCACUUCUUCAGACAGCAGGAUUUGAGAGGAUGUAUUUAACAUAUUUAAAGCUUAAAAAUUGACAAGUAAAUAAAAUAUUUCAUUAAUGUAGGAUUUGUAAUACAUACUGUCCAAAUCAAGUUUUCUACUAUUGGUUCAUUUAUUUUAGAAAAUAAAUAGGCUACAUGUAAAAUUAAUGGCUUAUUUAGACAACUUUAUGGCUUAUCAUAAACUGGAAUGGUGAAAAUCACAUAUUUAACCUAAAGCUAAUUGAAAGAAUCAUGUAAGUCCAUUGGGGUUAACCACCCAGUCCAACAGUAAAAGCCAUGCUUGAAUGUUUCUUUAGCAUCUUACCUAGCACUUUAUAGAUACAUAUUAUUUAAAAGAAUAAAAUCUGCUUUUAACAAAAGGAACAACUGAAUUUAAAUCUUGAUUAUAAAUACUUAGAGUAGUGGGGUUUAAAACAUAAAUAUUAGUCUAUCUCCAUCUGAUCAAUAUGAAAAACUAAAUUUUGCUUUAUGAUGCUUUAUCUACAGUUUCACAUUUUUGUGUAUUCAGACAGGAGAGAUGAAAUUUUUUAUGUUCAAAUUCACAUUUUUGCCAGUUAGAAUCAUGCCAAAGGGAAAAUACUUUGCAUAUAAUUAGAAAAUAAUACGUCUUUAAACACAUUAACUUCACCUCAGCCUUCUUCAGUUCUUCUAAAGUUUAACUGAGUUCCAAAUUACUUUCUGAUUGAUAUAUAUGUGUAUAUAAGGAAUGUCUCUUAGCAAUUAAGACUAAUGUGUUUGAGAAUUAUCCUGAAAUAUUAUAACAUGAACUAAAACAGACUGAAAAAGAAUUGUCACUCCUUUCAACACAGGCAGGAAGUACCUCACUAUGAGUUUUAACAAAUCAAGUUGAACCAAGCAGAAAGCUAAGAAAUUUACAUAUUUGACAUUGUAUCUUUUAUUGUUAAAAAUAUAAACUUUCCAUAAAUUGUUAAUAUUUGCUACAAUCUAUAUAAUUUUGUUAUCAAUUUUCUCAAUGUUACAUAUUUUAGUUAAGAAUCAUUUAAAUUAUUUGCCUUAGAAGUUUUUAUUUUCUGAUUUUAAUUCCCUACUCUUAAUAGUUGUGUUUUUUACUGAUGUACACAUUCUACUUUAAAUGCUAGAAGAAGCUUGGAAUUUGAGAACAAAUCAGACAUUUUAUAAACUCUCAUAUUAAGUAAUAUGAAUAUUAAUGAAGAUUAAUGGUAACUAAAAAAUGAGCCUCUAUAAUGCAUCAAGCAGUGGCAAAACAAUAGAAACUUUACAAUAAAAGUAGUGAAAAAUAUGAGUGGCAAACACCUUCUUGAAUUCUGCAAAUUGACACACCUUGUGCUAUUGUUCCAAUGUGUAGCUAUUUAGACAAGGGCAUCACCUUUGACAUCUCAGCUUUAAAUGCCAUUGUUAUAAGAUAAGCAACUAAUUUAUUGUGAUAAUAUUUUUAUAAAAUUCUGAUGUAAUAAUGUCUUGGUUACCUGCUUACAGUUGAAUGACAAAAAAAGUUAUUCUAUUUUCUAUCAUGUUUAUGGAGGUAUAAAAACAUUAUGCACUGACACGGAGUCAAGCUCGUCACUGUG